GCAGCUUCCAUCGCACCCUCUCCCAAUCUCCCCUCUAUCCUUCCUGCUUCAAUCUCAAUUGAUAGCAGUGCUAUCCGAAUAGCCUCUUGAGCUCAUCACAAUGUUCUCGAGAGCCAUCCGCCAGUCGAGCCGGGUCGCGGCAAUCUCUGUCUCGGGCAGAAUUGCAUCGACCCGAUCCAUCCCGGCCGUCUACAACACCGCAUCCAAGCAGGUUCGCAACUAUGCCGCCGAUGCGAAGGCUGCCCCGACCGAGGUGUCCUCGAUUCUCGAGCAGAGAAUUCGAGGUGUGCAGGAGGAGGCGGGCCUUGCCGAGACCGGCCGCGUUCUCUCUGUCGGUGACGGUAUUGCCCGUGUCCACGGCAUGGCCAAUGUCCAGGCCGAGGAGCUAGUCGAGUUCGCGUCCGGUGUCAAGGGCAUGUGCAUGAACUUGGAAGCCGGCCAGGUCGGUGUUGUGCUCUUCGGUUCCGAUCGUUUGGUCAAGGAGGGCGAGACCGUCAAGCGGACUGGCGAGAUUGUCGACGUCCCAGUCGGCUUGGAGCUCCUUGGUCGCGUUGUCGAUGCGCUUGGAAACCCCAUCGACGGAAAGGGUCCCAUCAAGACCACCGAGAAGCGUCGUGCUCAGCUCAAGGCUCCCGGUAUCCUGCCCCGUCACUCCGUCAACCAGCCCGUACAGACUGGUCUCAAGUCCGUCGACGCCAUGGUGCCCAUUGGACGUGGUCAGCGUGAGUUGAUCAUUGGCGAUCGUCAAACCGGCAAGACCGCUGUCGCCCUGGACACCAUUCUCAACCAGAAGAGGUGGAACUCCAGCAACGACGAGACCAAGAAGCUUUACUGUGUCUACGUUGCCGUCGGCCAGAAGCGAUCCACCGUUGCCCAGCUCGUCAAGACCCUGGAGGAGAACGACGCCAUGAAGUACUCCAUCGUUGUGGCCGCCACCGCCUCCGAAGCCGCUCCCCUCCAGUACAUUGCUCCCUUCACCGGCACAAGCAUGGGGGAAUACUUCAGGGAUAGUGGCAAGCAUGCCCUGAUCAUCUUCGACGAUCUUUCCAAGCAGGCCGUUGCUUACCGUCAAAUGUCUCUUUUGCUCCGUCGUCCUCCCGGACGUGAGGCCUACCCCGGAGACGUUUUCUACCUUCACUCUCGUCUCCUCGAGCGUGCGGCCAAGAUGAGCGACAAGCACGGCGGUGGAUCCCUGACCGCCCUUCCGAUCAUUGAGACCCAAGGUGGUGACGUGUCUGCCUACAUUCCCACCAACGUCAUUUCCAUCACCGACGGCCAGAUCUUCUUGGAGGCCGAACUCUUCUACAAGGGUAUCCGACCUGCCAUCAACGUCGGUCUCUCCGUGUCCCGUGUCGGUUCCGCCGCCCAGCUCAAGGCCAUGAAGCAAGUCGCUGGUUCCCUGAAGCUCUUCUUGGCUCAGUACCGUGAGGUUGCUGCCUUCGCCCAGUUCGGUUCCGAUUUGGAUGCCUCCACCAAGCAGACCCUUAACCGUGGUGAGCGUCUGACCGAGCUUCUCAAGCAGAAGCAAUACUCCCCCAUGGCCGUUAACGAGAUGGUCCCUCUCAUCUACGCUGGUGUCAACGGUCUGCUCGACAACGUCCCCGUGGCCAAGAUCCUCCCCUGGGAGUCAGACUUCCUUGCCCAUCUCCGAAGCAACGAGUCUGAGGUGUUGGCUCAGAUCGACCGGGAAGGUGCCCUAAGCAAGGACCUAGAAGCGAAGCUGAAGGACAUCAUCACCAGCUUCACCAAGUCUUUCGUGUAAAAGAAGGAUGAACAGUGUAUUUCUUAACAAAGCUUUGGUGUCAGUUAUGCUGAUGGUCAUCCGCAUAGAUGUGUAAUAUAGCAUGCGUCCCCCCAUCGGCUGUCUGAAUAUGGAACUCGUGUCACGCAUGGCAACGUGCUUUUAAAAUCAAAGUCUCCCCCACUACUCAUAUCCUCUUCGUCAGUUGUUGAUACGCAUCUCGAUUUUCUUGAAAGCAAAAUGUGGAUGUUUGAGG